AUGGGAGUGGUGUACCGGGAACCUACAGUGGGCUAUCGGCUUCUUGUCAAGGGAGCCGCUGAGAUUAUGGCUGGAGCAUGCUCGAUGAAGAUAGCUGAUACGGAUGGCUCUAAUGGCAUCACUGUUGAUCAGUUCACCCAGGAGGACAGUCGGGAGAUACUCAACACUAUUGAAUCCUAUGCCAACAAAUCUCUACGAACGAUCGGGCUGGUCUAUCGCGAUUUUUCGAGCAUUUCCAGCUGGCCUCCGAGCUAUAUCAAGCCCUCUGAGGAUGAUUCAGAUAUGGCUCAGUUCGAAGAUCUUUUCCGUGGCAUGACCUGGAUUGGCGUUGUGGGUAUCCAGGAUCCUCUCAGACCCGAAGUUCCUGCAGCUAUUGAGAAGUGCCGCACCGCCGGUGUGCAAGUGAAGAUGGUCACUGGUGACAACAUAGCAACAGCCACCGCCAUCGCAUCGUCCUGUGGUAUUAAGACAGAAGAUGGAAUUGUCAUGGAAGGCCCCAGAUUCCGCCAGCUGUCGGAUGAUGAAAUGGACAAGGUGCUUCCACGUCUUCAAGUCCUGGCCCGCUCAUCGCCCGAGGAUAAGCGGAUAUUGGUAGCACGACUGAAGCACUUGGGAGAGACUGUGGCGGUAACUGGAGACGGUACCAACGAUGGCCCUGCACUGAAGACUGCCGAUGUUGGCUUCUCCAUGGGUAUCGCUGGUACAGAAGUUGCCAAGGAAGCCAGCUCAAUCAUUCUACUAGACGAUAACUUCAGUUCGAUUAUUACAGCAAUCGCAUGGGGCAGAGCUGUGAAUGAUGCCGUGGCCAAAUUCCUCCAGUUCCAGAUCACGGUCAACAUCACUGCUGUCGUUCUAACCUUUGUUUCGUCUCUCUACAGCAAUGAGAACCAAAGUGUGUUGAGCGCAGUGCAGCUGCUUUGGGUCAACCUGAUCAUGGAUACCUUUGCAGCCCUCGCUCUUGCAACUGAUGCGCCGACGGAGAAAAUCCUCCAUCGCAAGCCUGCCCCGAAGAGUGCAUCUCUUUUUACUGUGGUCAUGUGGAAGAUGAUCCUCGGACAGGCAGUUUACCAGCUGGCCAUAACUUUCAUGCUAUAUUUUGCCGGAAGCCACAUUCUCAAGGAUCAUCUCAGUGCCGAUAAUGGACAGAAAGAGCUCGCCACCAUCGUGUUCAACACUUUCGUGUGGAUGCAGAUUUUCAAUGAGUUCAACAACCGAAGGCUUGACAACAAGUUCAAUAUCUUCGAAGGAAUGUUGAAGAACUACUGGUUCCUCGGAAUAAAUUGUAUCAUGGUUGGCGGCCAAGUCAUGAUCGUUUAUGUCGGCGGUGAAGCUUUCGGCGUGACUCCUCUCAACAGCAUCCAGUGGGCUGUUUGUAUCAUCUGUGCGAUCGGUUGUCUUCCCUGGGCUGUGGUUCUCCGCCUGAUUCCUGACAAGCCGUUCGGGAUCGCACUCGACUUUGUCGUCAGAACCAUAGCAUUAAUCUUGCGGCCUAUCAGCAAGGCUUUUGGGUUUGUUGGAAGGAUGCUCAAGUCUGCUGUGCGACCUGUUAAACGGGUUACCAAGCGAGUAUUCAACAAGCGUCAGGAAGAAGACAUUGGUAGACCUGAUGAAGAGACUGCCGUGUUGACGGAUCUGAGACGACAGCAAACCCCCGAGGCGCCAACGACUUCGGUCACAGUGCCUCCGAUUACUAUCACAACCUCUUGA